AUGGAACAUAUUUAUCUUACAACCGGCGAAAUAUCUACUCUAGAAGAAAAUACAAUAGGUCAAGCAUCGUCUAAUGCUUGGCAUGAGGCUAGGCAAUAUCGUAUUUCAAGUACGAAUGUUCAUUUAAUCUCCACUCGAAAACAAGAUUUUGAAAGUCUAACACAAACAAUCAUUGACCAACGAGAGAAAAAUCUACAUUCUAAUUUCGCUGUUCGACACGAUGAAAUAUGUUCAACCACAUAUCCAUGUGGAUUGGUCAUUGAUUCAACAGCACCACAUAUAUGUUGUAGUCCUGAUGCUCUUUUAAUAGAAACGUCAAAUAAUAACAAAUCGUACGGCAUAUUGGAAUGUAAAUGCGUGUUUGGUGAACUUAAUGCAACAUGGGAUGACCUCAUUUUUACCAGCGAAAAUUUUUGCCUUGAACAAUAUCAUGGUAGAUUACGGUUACGUCCUAGCAAGGGGGAAUCAGCAGAGACUUCAGCCGUGAAGUCUCAUGAAGUCUUGUAA